AUGAACCUGAAUAAUAUAAAAGUUACCGUUCGCGUCAGGCCAUUGUUAAAAAGAGAGAUUGAGAGUAAUAACAAUGCUGGUUCAUUAAUAUCUAUGCCUGACUCAAACACAGUCAUUUUACAAAACUCAAAAACUGAUGAUAAAAAAGAAUUUCAAUUUGAUGAAUGUAUUUGGUCGUACAAUAAACAGGACUCAAAUUUUGUUGAUAAUUAUAAAUAUUAUUCCAAAGUAGGUCCAGAAUUAUUAUCGCAUUUGUUUGAAGGUUUCAAUGUUUGUUUAUUAGCAUAUGGUCAAACAUCCUCGGGUAAAACAUUUACAAUGAUGGGAAAUAAACACGAACCAGGUAUAAUUCCAUUUUUAAUUAAAGAUAUUUUGAAACAGAUGGAAAUAUCAGUUAAUGAAAAGAUUAAUAGUGAGUUGAAAUUUUCAUACAUUGAAAUUUAUAAUGAACAAGUUAAAGAUUUAUUGAGUGAUUCAGAUAGUAAAAAAUGUAAAAUUAGAGAACAUCCAAUUACUGGACAAUAUGUUGAAAAUGUCAAAGAACAUAUGAUUGAAAAUUAUCAACAAUUUUUGAAAUUAUUGAAUAAAGGUAAUAUCCAAAGAUCUACAGCUACUACAUCAAUGAAUGAUAAAAGUUCACGAAGCCAUGCCAUAAUUACGCUAACUUUGAAACAAACAAAAUUCGAAAAAUCAGAUAGUGAUAGUAUUGGAGAUGCAGAAGAAGAAAUGAUUUCUAAUAUAAAGUUAGUUGAUUUGGCUGGUUCAGAAAGAUUAACAAAGACAAAAUUAUAUGGACAGCAUGAUAGAGUUAAAGAAGGUUCAUUAAUUAAUAAAUCCUUGACUGUUUUAGGUAGAUGCAUUAAUUUGUUAUCAUCAAAAUCUACAAAUAUAAUACCAUACAGAGACUCAAUUUUAACUUAUUUGCUAAAAGAGAAUUUAUCAGGUAAUUCAAAAACAUGUAUGAUAUUUUGUGUUUCACCUAUGGAUUAUGAAGAAACAAAUAUGACAUUAAAUUAUGCUAAAGAAGUUAAAAAGAUCAAAACUCAAGCUAAAGCGAAUAAAGUGAAAUUGUCAAAUGUACCUUUAGAUUGGCAAAAUUUACAAAAUAAAGAUCAAACUAUGAUUGAUUCAUUGAAGAAUGAAAUUAAUUUAUUGAAUGAAAAGCUAAGCAAUUUACAAUUACUACAAUCAACUCCAUCAAAUGUAACUAAUAUAAUUGAAUUUCUAGAUAAAGAAAGUCAGAAAGUUAAAUUUGAGAAUAAAUAUUUAAAGAACCAGUUGUUGAAAAAAAAUAAUCUUAUAAUGGAGCUAAAUAAUCAUAUUGAUUUUAUAGAAGCGGAAUAUGAUCAAUUAUGUCAGGAAUCAUUUGAAAAGGAGAUGGACUUACUUGAAUCGAGUAAGCACCUACUACUUAAAGAAGUUGAAUUUAAGAAUAAGUCAAUUAUUGAAGACUUAACCAAAUUUAACCUAAACAGUUUUACAUAG